UAAUCGUCUUUCGAAAUAGCCGAUCUGGUUCGCAUUCCCUGGAUGGUACUAUACAUCGCCCUGAAUUAGCCACCAUGACGCAGAAACAACACCCGGUAUUGGUGAUGCUCCACGGCGGUGGCCACGGUAACCCGAAAUACUUCGAGACCCUACAGAACAUGCUCCAUACAGGGGGAUUUAGCGCAAUUUCCGGCACCAAUCCCUCAAACGGCGGUACUAACUUCACCCCGGGCCAAUCGUUCUACGAUGACGCUGCGUAUUGGAGGGAGAAGAUCCUAUCAGUCAUUAAUAAUAAACAAGACGUGGUACUCUUCAUGCAUUCGGUCGCAGGACCCCUGGGAAUUGAAGCCGCAAAGGGGCUUGGGAAAGCAGACCGAGACAAGUCGGGUAAAAAGGGCGGUGUCGUACAUCUGAUAUUUCUGGCUGGCUACCUACCCAACGAAGGUGACCACGUUUUUUCUUUCUAUGAUGGUACACAUGCAAUCUGCCCAACGAGAGCAGCAUUCCGAAAUGCGAAUGGAGCCGACGUUCUCGAUCUUCUUCCAUUUUACGACCACUUUUAUUCCGAUUUAAAUAAUGACGAACGGAACUACUGGAAACAGUAUAUGAGCUAUCAAACUCCUGACUUUUUCAUAUUACCAUUGACUCAUGCUACUUGGAAAGACGUGCUAUGUAGCUGGAUAUACACAGAGCUCGACGAGAUCAUACCCGUGGAUAUUCAAAGGAAAAGCGUUCUAGAAGCCGAAACUGCAACUGGUAUUCCUAUACCAACGUUUAGCUUACAGUCUGGCCACUCACCAUUCCUAAAUAUGCCGGAUAAGCUGGUUGAAAUUGUCAAGACGGUUUACAGCGAAAAUAAUUUAUAUGCCAAAUAA